AUGGCUACAAACCACACAUCGUACAUGGCCGCAGAGAGCCUUGCACAGGCUCGCGGUCUAUCAUCGUCCAUAUCAUCACUAUCCGCGUCAAAUACUUCGGGACGCAAUAACGCGGCUUCUCAUAUCUCGAAGACCUACCGGCAAGCGUCGACGCUGUUCCUCACGCGUCGCUUGCCCGAGGCUCUCUCGACUGUCCUCCCCCUAGUGUCACCUCCCCAGUCCGAUGACCCGAACAACGAAUCAACCGAACCGGCUCCCGUUAUUCGGGCGUCUCGGUCCUCACGGGUCAAGGUCUGGAGCUUGUACUUGACCGUUCUGAAUGCGAUUGCCGAGCUCGACCCGGAAGACGGAAAGGAUGCGUUUGGCGGGCAGGACUGGCGGGCUCUCUGCUACAAGGUCCGGUCGGGAGAUAUUUGGGAGGAGGUAAUUCGCAAUGGAUACCAUGGUGUCGAAGCGGAUGUGGAUGCUGAAGUGGUUAUCAACCUAGCAACUCUUCUCCUCGCCCACUCCAAAACUCAGAACCUCAACCAGAAACGCCUCGAGAAUUACCUCGCCGCCGCGCGCACCCCCUCCCUCGACAUCUCAGCCGACCGCUUUUCCGAGUCACCAGCACGCCGGCACGAAUCACCCUCCCCUUCCCCCGCCGCCUCGCGAAAGACGCGGCGCCCAGCCCCCAGCGGCGCGGACACACCACGCGAUCUCAACGCACGGGUGAAAAUCCUCGAGCUGUACACGCUGCACGUGCUGCCGCGCAACGACCAGUGGGAGUACGCGCACGAGUUCAUCAGCGUCAGCCCCGUCCUCGACGACGAGCGGCGCGAGGCCUUCCUGCAGGCGCUCGAUACGCUGCGCGAGGAGCAGGCCGAGGCGGGCCGCCGCGAGGAGGAGGAGCGCGCCGCCCGCGAGGAGGCCAUCCGCCGCGACAUCGAGGAGGCCAGGCGCCUGCGCGCCGAGAAUGAGGCGCGCGAGAAGAAGCGGCUGGAGGAGGAGCGCCUGAAGAGGGAUGCCGAGGCCCGUGAGAGGGAGAGGGAAAAGGAGCGCGAAAAGGAGCGGCUGGAGACUGCUAAAGCGAAGGCUAAGGCCAAGGCGACGGUGGAUGAUUUCGGCGUGGAGAGCAACGCGUCUUCGUCGUCGUCGACGCCUGCUGCCCCCGCGUCGCCGGCGCUGAAGAAGGGUGGGUCAUCUGGGAGCCAGGCGUCGGGCUCGGGGGGUAUGGCGAGAUCAAGAGGGCCGUUGCCGAGGAGGGGGGCGGGUAAUGCUGGUGGUGGCGGUGGCAGUAACGCUGUUGCUGCCCCGACGCUCAUGUCGAGGGCGUCGAUGGUUUGGUCUGCUCAUGCUGCUCAGCCGGAAGAAGAUCCGUGA